CAUAGCUACCCCAGCAUAGAUAAAUCAUGCCAUAUUCGUUGUGACUGACAGCCACUUCAUCAAAGACACACAAAGUUCGAGCAGCAACAUUUAAACAUCUCACUAUGGAUCCGCCAUUUCCAAGCCCUGUAAAACAAUGGCACAAUGACAUAUAUCCUGCAAUCGAGCCUUCUAACCCCAAACUGAGCCACAAAGGCCACACAGUCGUAAUCACAGGCGCCGGUAGUGGUAUCGGCCGAGCUAAUGCCCUCGCUUUUGCUAUUGCAGGUGCAGCCCGACUGGUACUCAUUGGCCGAACUGAGGCCAAAAUCAAGGAGACUGAGGCUGCUAUCGCAUCAGAGGCAGGAAACUGCGAUGUUAUCACGUUUAUUACUGAUGCGAGCAAUCUUGAUGGAAUGCAAGAAGUUGCCAGAGCUGUUGGUACUUGGCACGUUCUUCUUCUGAAUGCAGGGUAUAUGAACAGUCCAGCUCCCGUCGCGACGGCCGACCUUGGAGACUACUGGAAAGCUUUCGAGGUUAAUGUCAAAUCUACUAUCGUUGGUGUGCAGUCAUUUGCACCGACUGCCGCCAAGGACCAUGCUGCCAUCGUAGCCCCAGUCGGAGGGUCUAUGCAACUACCGACGAAGUUAUUAGCAGGGCUAUCGGGCUAUCUUACUGCGAAGCUUGCAGUGGUGAGGAUCAUGGAGUUCCUCUCUGUAGAGAAUCCAUCUAUCUUCUUUGCUACGUACCAUCCAGGAAUGGUGGAUACCGAAGUCUUUCGGCGUUCCGGGGCAACACCUGAUAUGCUUCCAAUGGACUCUCCUCAAUUAUCGGCCGGCUUUGUGCUGUGGUUGACACUCCCAGCAGCGCUUUUCUUGAAUGGAAGAUUUGUCUGGGCCAACUGGGACGUCGAAGAAUUGAUGGCAAGCUCGGACAAGAUAACUUCACAGGAUUUGUUCAAGACGUCAUUCACAGGAUGGCCCUACGCCAGCACAUAGUGCCUAUCAUACCAGGACAGUCAUAUUCUUAGGGUCGGAGCAAUCUUUCACUUUCAAAAUGUAUGGCGGGCUAAAAGUACAGCAAAAGGGGGCAAAAACAAGGCCAGGGCCGUUUACAUUCUUUAUUCAGCCAUUAACUGAGUAAUGCGCUCCUAUGAAACUGAGUGGCUUUUUACGAGCCGUUUUAGCCUUUACGAGAUCACUUCUCUAAACUCCACGCACUCCUCAGAGACACUCCAACAGAGACACUCCUCAUUUGGGGUAUGCCAUUGGUCAUAUCAUCGCAUUGAGACAUUGGACCUGGUCAUAUAGGUCAUAACCUAGUCAGCAAAUCAAUUAAUCCUUACCGCGACAUACAUAGCGACAUAC